GGAUCGCUAUAGGUAGAAUACCGUAGUAAGGUGUGUAUACAUGUAUCAUAUACCUAUGUAAUAUAGACGUAUGUGGAAUCGGGUGAUCGCUAGACAGGACCAUGGUUCGAUGAAGCGGGGUAGCCGGCAAGGAACACGGAUGUUUGACACAGUGUAGUGCCGUGGACUGUCUCUGUAUUUGUUUUGAGUUAGAAAUGACACAUUUGUGAUUUCAGCCUCUUAAAGCUAGCAUGUGACAGGCGGGAGGAAUACUUAGUAUUGAUUAGAAUGGAGGAUCCGGGCAUCAAACAAGAUAUCAACCCUUCUGGUGUCGAAGUUGAGCUGGGCGUUGUGGAUGAAGGGACAAAAACUCUAACUGCAGAGCAACAGUCGACCCUUAAUACGUUCAGAAACCAGGUUCAAGACGUCCUUAAGCCAGACCAUGACGAUAACUUUCUUCUCCGGUGGUUAAGAGCUAGAAACUUUGACCUGACCAAGUCAGAGGAGAUGCUGAGAAAUAGUUUGAUAUGGCGGGAGAAACAUAAUGUAGACACAAUUCUAGAGGAUUUUGAGUCUCCAGAUGUCGUGAAGAAGUACUUUACCGGCGGUACCAGUGGAUUCGACAAGGAGGGCUGUCCUAUAUGGGUGGAUCCGUUAGGUAGAUUGGAUUUCAAAGGGCUAAUGGCGUCGGUAGGGCACAAAGACUUGUUACUCCAUAAGUUGUCCGACCUUGAACGAUUUUCGAAGGUCAUGGCGGACCAAUCUAACAAGUUGGGGAAAUUGAUAGACAAGGAGACUAUAAUAUACGACAUGGAGAAGGUUGGGAUGCGGCAUCUCUGGAAACCCGGAAUCGACACAUUUAACCAGUUUGUCACACUUGUUGAGGACAACUACCCCGAGAGGCUCAAGUUUAUCUUCAUCAUCAACGCUCCAAAGAUUUUCCCGGUGAUCUGGAAACUAGUACGACCAUUUGUGGCAGAAGGAACGAGAAAGAAAAUUAAAGUAUUCGGUACAACUAACUACACCGACACUUUGCUUAAAUACAUCGACGCUGACCAGUUGCCAGCCGCCUACGGUGGUACACUUGUGGACAAACUCGGAGAUCCCAGAUGUGGCGAAAUGAUUGUCCAAGGUGGAGAGGUACCAAAAGAACUCUACGCCAAUGCUGACAGCCUGGAGAGAGACAAAUUUACAUCGGUGACCGUCGGCAGUAAACAGCUUCUGGACCUGGACUAUAACGUCACCAUACCAGAAAGUGUGCUAAGUUGGCAAUUCUUCACGGAAGGAUAUGACGUUGGCUUCGCUGUGUACAAACGGAUACAGGAAGGAUUACAGAAGGGAAACAUGGAGGAGAUUGUAACACCGGAGAGGGUCACCAGCCAUAUAUAUCCGGGCGACGGUAGUGUCGUGUGCAAAACUGUCGGCACUUACGUGGUACGGUUUGACAACACGUACAGCUGGACUCGCGGUAAGAAGAUCUUGUACUCGGUUGACGUGAUGGCGCCCGAUAGUAUGGACGGCUUCAGUAACGUUGACAUAUGCACCAAUUAACUGUCACUUUUGUAAAGUUAACGAACAACGUUAACACACGAACAAUUUCAUACCAGACAUUUUGAUUUAGUUUCCGGUGAUCCUGUUACUAUGAAUCAUGUCAUUGUACACAACGACACGCCCCCUUUGUAAACAGAAUACCUUAAAUCGGGGAAAUUUCCGCCGCAGUUAAACUUUCGCCUAUUUUGCUCUCCCUAAUGAGGGCGAUUGUUUUAUGACGGCGAAUAUUAGUGCACUACAUACAAUGUAUAGUAUUUCCAUGUAAAAGGCAUAAUUGAUACUGGGCCAAUAUUGAUUUAUCGGCGAAUGGCAAAAAGUUGACUGGGCGAGAGUCCUCAAGCAUACAGUUACCCAAUACUAGCAGAUGCAUACGUGUAAAAACUUGCCGCCAAUUUAUAACAUUCACGGCCCACUGCUUCCUCGGAAUUUCAGGAGUUACGCUCAUUUACAUUUUCUUCAUCACUCAAAAAUGUCAUCACAAAAUUAAAGGCUCUGAUAUAAUUAGACAAGUUUAACCUUUUAAUCAAAAUAAUCGCGCGGUAGCAUAACGGUAAAAUUGACUAGCUUUGAAAUCGGGUGUCGCUCUUCUGUUAUCUUCAAAGGACAGGUACAAGUCUAAAGAUGGGUCUUUUUUUACCUGAACCAAGCAAAUAGCUAAUUUAGUGUCUUCAGUUUUGUCAUGACAUGGAAUUUCAAGAUUGACAGUCGAACAAGUGUUGUAUGCUUGAUUGAUGUCUAUAGGAUAUGUCGGUAACUGAACAACAGAGCCGGUCAUGACUUUAUCAUUUUAUUUUGUAGCAUGGUUCAUAUUUUAUACUUUCCUACAAUCGUAUUUUAUAUUUUGCUUUCAUAGUAUUGCAUUUGUUUUUGUAUUUAUUAAAGAUUUAAUUUCGACAUUG